AAUUAGCUGUGACUCACAGAGCACUCUAAACGGCCACAGUCGCCUCGGGAAGAAGGAAAAAUGUGCAGUUCCCCCUCGCCUGAGGGCCCGACGUGCCGGGCUGGGCCAAUCAGCGGAGGAUGGCGGGAAUCGCACCAAAGCCUCAGGAGUGCAAGUUGCUGAUGAAGUAUGUCGCAUUUUUUAUGACAUGAAAGUUCGGAAAUGUUCUACACCAGAAGAAAUCAAGAAAAGAAAGAAGGCUGUCAUUUUUUGUCUCAGUGCAGACAAAAAGUGCAUCAUUGUAGAAGAAGGCAAAGAGAUCUUGGUUGGAGAUGUUGGUGUAACCAUAACCGAUCCUUUCAAGCAUUUUGUGGGAAUGCUUCCUGAGAAAGAUUGUCGCUAUGCUUUGUAUGAUGCAAGCUUUGAAACCAAGGAAUCCAGAAAAGAGGAGUUGAUGUUUUUUUUGUGGGCACCAGAACUAGCACCUCUGAAAAGCAAAAUGAUCUAUGCAAGCUCCAAGGAUGCAAUCAAAAAGAAAUUUCAAGGAAAGUGGCCUCACUUCUUGAGCUGGCCAGUUCUGUUUGACUUGCCACUGGGGACUGGGAUCCUGAUGAGAUGGCCAGAAUGGACUUACUGUUCCAGCAGGAGGGAGUGUUGGGAUAAAACACGAAUGUCAAGCAAAUGGACCAGAAGACCUCAACCGGGCUUGUAUUGCGGAAAAGCUAGGUGGAUCCUUAAUUGUAGCUUUUGAAGGAUGCCCUGUGUAGAUCGUCAUUCAGUGCCACAAAUCGAAAGCUUCUGUGUUUAAUGUUCUCCUCUUGCUAUAUAAGUAAAGCAAAUACGUUUAGGCCGGGGACUCACUGAGGGGGGCUGUCUUGUCAUCAGUUAGAGUAAACCCACUAUUCUGUGAACAUGUGCAGGUGGCCCUAAAUAAAUCUGAAAUCUAAAGUUUUAUUGGUGUGAAACUAUAAAUUCUUAUUGGCCAAAUGCCUGUUUUGAUGAGUUGGCUUGUAAAGAUUUUUGUUAAGCUCAUGAUUUUUAAAUAACGCAGUUCACAAAACUGUACAAGGCCCUACGGAGAGAACUGUUGCAUCUUUGUUAACGUCAGCAGUUACUUUGUUUCUUUUGCUUAAAGAGUUGAUCAUAAUCUGGUUAUAAUUUUGGUCCCAAUUCUUUAUUCUCUGCUAAACUAAAUUGAAGAAUGGAAAGUAAUUCUCCUCAUUAACAGCACUGAUAGACUAACUACAGGAAGAUUAAGUCAGGCGGCCCCUUGAUUCUACCAGACACGCCACGAGGCUGCCUGGAAACUGCGUACACUUAGAACCAGCAGCGCUCAUCUUUGCAAAGCACGAUUUCACGCACGUGGUUGGAACACAGGAAGCAGCUCCCGCAUCUGCGGUGAGCUGUCCCCUCACUGGUCCGGAGGCUGUUCCGAGAGUGAUCUCGCACCUUGGAAAUCAGGAGACUCUGCACUGUCUUGUAACAACUAAUUGUAAUGCAAAUUAGGGCUCCGUUGUAACACACUUUGUUAAUGAAAACGGUUAAGAUGCUAUAUUGACAAACGGGAACACCCGUGAUGUCUUUAAUUAUGUCUCCUUCGGAACUUUGUUGCUUCUGAUUCCAUAAGGUGUGGAAGAACAUUACGUACGUUUACUCUGGGGCCUGGGAGAACGUGAUUUCCUAGAGCAGUUUGCCGACUGCAUGUGAGGCGGGGAGCAGGUGUGAUGGACGACACCCACAGGAGGCCACUGCCCAAUGACACUUGGAAGAGAUUGUCUUUAACACCACAGGCGUAACACUUUGAACAAUAUAGAGAUGCACGAACAGUUGAGUUUAGAAGUAGCAGUACUGGCUUUAUGUAAUAAAGGAAGCAUUUUUAACUUC